GCUGGUGUGUGGCAAUCCAGGGCCAGCACAUGCUGCAACGAACACCACGGAGCAGGUUAGCCUCCACCACCCACCACCUCACUUUCCCAAAAAUUCGACUCACUUAGCCUUCACCGAUUCAGAGACUCGCCCUAUUGUCGAAUAAUGAAGAAUUACCGGAGAGUACAAGUCGACGGUGGCGGCUCCACCGUAGAUAAAAAUUAUGAUAACGAAGAUGGGGGUAGAAUGCGAUUGAAACCAUCGGGGAACAAUGCGAACGAAAAUCAAGAGCCCUUCUCGGGCAUCAAUGUUCGAAGAAAAGCAUCCUUCCAUAGAGAUAUAAAAAGAGACUACCUGGACAUUCCUUCGCAUCCCUACUUGAUGAAGGUUUUGCAAAAACGAGGUGACAGCCAUGUUUUUUUUGCUGAUAAAGUUAUGAAAUUCACUGGUUCAGGGAAGAUGAAGCGACAUAUAUUAUUAAUAACGAACAUUGCCAUUUAUAUUGUUGACCCAGAGACUGAUGCACUUAAACGGCGCAUAGUAUUAGCCGCUGUAGAGAAGAUAUCUUUGAGUGAAUUAAGUGAUAAUUUCUUCGCAAUCAUCAUUCCAACAGAGUAUGAUAUACUUAUGGCUAGUAAGCGAAAGACUGAAAUUGUGACUGUACUAUUUGAAGCUAUAAAGAAUGCAUCUAACUACGAACUUGAGCUGGUUUUCUCCAAUAGUUUCAAGUAUAAUGCAACUGCUGAAUUGGUGAAGGAAGUUCAAUUUGAGGAAGUCGAAGGUGGAGUUAAAACUAGAAUUCUGAGGAAGUGAAUUACAGCUUAUAUAAGCCUUCAUAUGUUUGUAUACUAUGCGGGGAAGCAGCAUUUUUAACUGUAAAGAGACAAUAUCAUUAAGAUCCAUUGCUUUGGGAUAUACCAUUAAACAUAAAGGUCAUUACUAAUGAAAAAUUCAGCUUUUUUUUUUUUUCCUUGUGUAAUUCUUAUAGUAAAAGCUUUUCCAAUACGAAACAGACUUCAUCUGAAUGUAUGAAAGGAGAAUAUUUCGAUGUUCAUAAGUAAUAUAUAAGUUGUUCUCUAUGCU